AAUUCUUGGUCAUUCCGCCAAAAUGCGCGCUCUAAGCAGGGUCUUGGUUGCGGCAUGCGCGAUUCUUACGCUGUCCUUUUGCGACGCUUCCUCCGUAGCAUUCAGGGCCAAACGUGGAGUAGUUCCCGGUAAUGCGGCCUCCAGGCCCAAAGACGCCAUUCGACGGUCCGAGUGCCGUAAUGACAACAACUGCAAGCCAUGGCCGAAGACGUCAUGCGGCAAGGAUCCGGUAGACGGCCAACAACGGUGUCUGUGUGCGGAUCAAACGCAUCCGAUCAACGACGAUUGCAUAACGUCCCCACAAGAACUGGGAAUGCCUUGCGAAAAGGAUAUCCAAUGCAUCCAGCUGGCUCAUUGUACACACAACGUUAGUGAAAUACACUCGGACAUUAAGGUAUGCCAGUGUAGAGAGGAAUUUGCCGACGAAGACGGGACUUGUAGUGGUGGUGUACGAGCAGUGAUAUCCAUAUGUUUAGCGGUUUUAGUUGCAGCUGUCUUGCAAAAUAACUACAAUUAAAUAGCUUAGAUUUUUUUYUGCAAAGAAAAUCACAUAGUAAUUUUACAGUAUUGAAUAAAACAUCACAUUUUUUUCCCUU